AUGUCAGCAUUUAAUCAGCAGUAUACAUCUCCAAUUAAGCCCUUUGACGUUUCCUCCGUGCAGACGCCAAGCACCGAUGAUGGGCUAUAUCGUUCAAUAUCACCCAGUUCCCAUUUAGCUUGUCACUCUGAGCAAUCCAUUUGGCCUAAUCCAUCUACCUAUCAUGACGUGGGCUACAUAGAGCAACAGCAAAUGAAUUUCCCACAGCAGACACCUCCAGAACAACCGUCUUUUGGAGUGGUACCGGUGGAGAUUGAAAAUGUCUCGAGCCAUGUCUCCACAGAUUCAUCAAGCUAUUCUAGCGCUCCGAAAAACUCCAAGUAUGCGUUUGCUGCUGCCGCUGCUGCCGCAAAUGCGCCACUUACUAGCCAGCCUUUACAAUUGAACAAUCCUCGAGAUUUCACUUCGGCCCCCAGUCGGACGGUGUAUUUAGGUAACGUGCCCCCUAUGCUUCAAAUUAGACAGUUACUGGAUCAUGUGCGUAGUGGUAUCGUCGAGGACGUCAAAAUCUUACCUGAGAAAAUGUGUGCUUUCAUAUCAUUCUUGGAUGAGAGUUCAGCAUUGCUUUUUCACUCUGAUGCAAUUUUGAAAAGAUUGAAUAUCGAAGGUCGAGAUGUCAAAAUUGGGUGGGGGAAGCCCACGCCGAUUGAUCCCAUUGUUGAGGCAGCUGUGGCCAAUGAUGGCGCUACUAGAAAUGUCUAUAUUGGGCGUCUGAAUACCGAUCCUCUCCUUGCACCUCAGUUAGGGACCGAUCCUCAAGAAGAACUCAUAACCGAAGAUAAACUAAGGAACGACUUAAGCUGUUUUGGUGAGAUUGAGUGUAUCAAGAUCGUUCGUGAGAAAGGAAUUGCUUUUGUACAUUUUUCAUCAAUCUUCAAUGCAAUCAAGGUUGUGUCAAACCUUGCAUCUAUAAAUCCCUACUAUUACAACAAAAGAAUUUUUUACGGGAAGGACAGAUGUGCUUUCAUCACCAAAACGCAACAACAUAACGCGGCUCAGUUUCUAGGUUUGCAACCAGGAAUGGAGCACCUUGUGCAAUAUACUGACCGUGACUUCAUUUCUAGCACUUUGCUCCAGCAAUCUGCUGCUGCUGCAGCUAUUGCAACUGCUGCAGGAGGCGCCAACAAUUUGGGAAAUAGGACGAUUUAUCUUGGCAAUCUUCCCAAGGAUGUCAGGAUCGAAGAAAUUUGUAACGCUGUUCGUGGAGGAUUAUUACAAAACAUUAAGCUUCUCGCUGACCGGCACGUUUGCUUCGUAACCUUCAUCGAUCCAACCGCUGCAGCACAGUUCUAUGCCAUGACAUCGCUUCACGGCCUGACCAUUCAUAACAAACGGUGCAAGAUUGGCUGGGGAAAGCAUUCUGGCCCGCUUUCGAAUGCUCUUGCGCUCGCUGUCAGUCAUGGGGCUUCCAGAAAUAUUUACGUAGGAAACAUUGACUUCGUGAAAGACGGUCAGAGGGAGUCUCCUGUCUAUACCGAGACAAACCUUAGAUCUCUAUUCCAGGAAUAUGGUGAAGUCGAACAGAUCAAUUUUCUUUACGAAAAGAAUUGCUGCUUUGUAAAUUUCACCAAUAUCAGCAACGCCAUCCUUGCUAUUGACAAAAUCAAAUGCAAUCCACACUUUCAAGACCUCAAAAUUAACUUUGGGAAGGAUAGAUGUGGGAAUGUUCCUCGUCAUUUCCGUUAG